CGGGAGGGCGCAGGCGCGGGGCCGCUCCGCCGCCCGCCGCGUAAACAAGGGCCCGGCGGGGAUGCGGCGGGGUCGGGGCGGCCGCGGGGGCCGCGGCUGAGGGGUGCAGCCUUCCGGAGGUGUUUCCUCGUCCUCCCCCCGCCGGACGGGGGUGGCGAGGGCUGUCCCGCCAUGAACUUGGCCGGGCAGAGCGGCGACGCCGGUAGCGGCCAUCUGCUGUUCGCUAACUUCAACCAGGACAACACGUCCCUUGCAGUUGGCAGUAAAUCAGGCUACAAAUUCUUCUCUCUUUCUUCUGUGGACAAAUUAGAGCAGAUCUAUGAAUGCACUGACACAGAAGAUGUGUGCAUUGUGGAGAGGCUUUUCUCCAGCAGUCUGGUGGCCAUAGUUAGCCUUAAAGCUCCACGCAAGCUCAAAGUUUGUCACUUUAAGAAGGGGACAGAGAUUUGCAACUACAGUUACUCCAACACCAUCUUGGCUGUCAAACUCAACAGACAGAGGCUGAUAGUAUGUCUGGAAGAGUCUCUUUAUAUCCACAACAUACGCGACAUGAAGGUAUUACAUACAAUCAGGGAGACACCUCCCAAUCCUGCAGGGUUGUGUGCUUUAUCAAUAAACAAUGAUAAUUGCUACCUGGCUUAUCCAGGAAGUGCAACUAUUGGAGAAGUACAAGUCUUUGACACCAUCAAUCUGAGAGCUGCCAAUAUGAUCCCAGCUCAUGAUAGUCCCUUGGCUGCUUUGGCAUUUGAUGCAAGUGGUACUAAACUUGCCACAGCCUCAGAAAAGGGGACAGUAAUAAGAGUGUUUUCCAUUCCAGAGGGACAGAAACUCUUUGAAUUCCGAAGGGGAGUGAAGAGGUGUGUGAGCAUCUGUUCAUUGGCUUUCAGCAUGGAUGGCAUGUUUCUGUCUGCAUCCAGUAACACAGAGACGGUGCAUAUCUUCAAACUUGAGACUGUGAAAGAAAAACCUCAGGAAGAGCCUACAACCUGGACAGGUUACUUUGGAAAAGUGCUGAUGGCCUCCACGAGCUACCUGCCCUCUCAAGUGACAGAGAUGUUCAACCAGGGCAGAGCCUUUGCUACAGUCCGUCUGCCCUUCUGUGGGCACAAAAACAUCUGUGCACUUGCCACAAUCCAGAAGAUCCCUCGUUUGCUGGUGGGAGCUGCUGAUGGGUAUCUCUACAUGUACAACUUAGACCCCCAGGAGGGAGGCGAGUGCACACUAAUGAAGCAGCACAAGCUCGAUGGCAGCAUGGAGCCCGCCAACGAAAUUCUGGAGUCUGCAUCGCACGACCGGCCCUUGGUAGCGCAGACGUACAGUGCCGCUGUGACUAAAGGUACAUAUGUGCCUUCCUCACCCAGCAGGCAUGCCUAUACGGAUGACCUGGGUGCUGUGGGUGGAGCUUGCCUGGAAGAUGAAACCAGCUCACUUAGAUUGGAUGAAGACAGUGAGCAUCCCCCCAUGAUCCUUCGGACAGACUAAACUUGGACCUGUGAACUCACUCCUGAAGCAGAGAACACUGGCUUGAUGUUUCCUGAGGAAUCUCGUGUUAUGCUGCUAUGAACUUUGACAUGAGUUGGGAGAGAGGAUGACAGACUCUUACAGUUUUAAGUCGUAGCUGUAGUUCUAAUUCUAUACAAUUGGAAAAAUAUAUGGUUUUCAAUUCAGUGGCUUUUAAUCUUGCUUAUCUAUUUUCGCUGUGUUUAUUUUUUUUUGUUGCCAAAACCUGCUGUUUGUGCAGCCCUCAGAGCCUACUUAGCUUUGCAUGCAUUCAUGUGCCAAGCAAGCAUAGGAGGGGGAGAGAGAGAGAGAAGCCACUUUAUAACAAACUCAAGUUUGUAUUUUUUUUAUAUAUGUAUAUAAUAUUUAGCCUAUAUAAGGAAGGAGUAGAGAAGUGGUUCUGGAAGCUGAGACAGUUCUGCACUGACAAAGGUCCAAAUGGGUUCCUGUGCAUGGGCUUGCAGGCAUACCUAGUGACUGACAUGCAACCUCUCAAAUGCAAUGGCCUGUUUUUUUUGGGUUCUCCCUUCCCUUUCCUGGACCAUUUUGUUAAUUAAAAUUCCUUCUGAAUGUUGUGUAUUUGUGGGACUGUUCUGUUUGUUGGGAUGGAAAACUGGAAGUGUUUCCCUGCGUAAGGAUUUAGAAUAUAGAAAGUGCCUUUACAGGGAAGGAAAGGAAUUGCUGCAGGAAGAAGAGCUAGAAUGAGGGAAGGAUUGUUGGAGAGUCUUGUCUGUACACCUUUGGUGCUUGGGUGUCUGUAGCCUGUGGUGGCUGAUAAACUUGUGGGUUUUUGAGGAAAGACUUGGAAAGCACUUUCUUUCUUUCCUGUAGAUUGUCCUGUUUUCUUGGCAGAGUAGCAAUAACCUUUUUUUAUACCUUUUUGAAUUAUCCAAAGCAAGGAUUCUGUCAGGCUGGAGGGAAGUCCCUGUAGGGUUUGGCAGCCCCACUCUAUAAACAGCCUUAAGGUUUCUUGCUAGAAGGCUCUCAAUUCCUGCUUUUUCUCAGUCUGGGGCUGAG